UAUUUGUUCAUUCCUCCUCCGCCCACAGCCACCACCAACAGCCGCCAGCUCCGCCGUGUGGGAGGCAUGUUGGAAGGAAAAGCAAUCGUGGGCGAGACGGACAUGCUGCAGGCGAUGCAGCAGGACGCGUUGGACCUGGCGGCUAAGGCACUGGACAGGUUUGAUGUCACGGAAGCGACUGACAUUGCUCGGUUCAUAAAGAAGGAAUUUGACAGGACACAUGGUGGAGGAUGGCAGUGCAUUGUGGGAACAGAUUUUGGGUCAUUUGUGACCCAUUGUUUUGGGUGUUUCAUAUAUUUUUGUGUUGGAAGCCUUGCAAUUUUGCUGUUUAGGGGCUCUGAUGCCCCUCAACAACACCCUCACCCAACUCACUUAGCUGCUUCAGAAACCCUCAAAGGAUCAUGAAUUUUAAUUCUUCCCACUCAUUCUACUUCAACAAACACGCUUAUAUAAGAAACGUUUUGUUUUCUCUCUAA